GAGCCGCAAGAUGCCGCCCACCGCCCGCUCCUCUUCUCCCCAGGUUUUAACGCCCCGCUUCUCGUCCACUAACCAGGUGACCUGGGGGCUCUGGGCCGAUCACAGAAGAAAUUGGCUCCUCCGGAGGAGGUUGCUUGAACAGGAAAGACAGAUUACAGCCAGCGAAGAGGCCAGUCGGAAAAUCCUGUCUAAACUUUCUCUGCCCACUCGUGCCGGGGAGCCAGCAAUGAAGCAGAGUUUCGCCUUCGACAAUGUUGGCUAUGAAGGCGGCCUUGAUGGCGUGUGCCCCCCUCAGAUGACCAGCAGCACCAUCAGCAUUUCGGGCAUGACUUGCCAGUCAUGUGUAAAGUCUAUCGAGGGCAGGAUUUCCAGCUUGAAAGGCGUCGUGAGCAUUAAGGUUUCCCUGGAACAAGGCAGCGCGACCGUCAAGUACGUGCCGUCCAUCCUGAGCCUGCCACAGAUUUGCCGGCACAUUGAGGACAUGGGCUUUGAGGCCAGCAUCACAGAAGGAAAGGCCGCCUCCUGGCCUUCAAGGUCCUCGCCUGGCCUGGAGGCCGUGGUCAAGCUCCAGGUGGAGGGCAUGACCUGCCAGUCCUGCGUCAGCUCCAUCGAAGGCAGGCUUGGGAAACUGCAAGGGGUAGUAAGGGUCCGAGUGUCCCUCGGCACCCAGGAAGCAGUCAUUACCUACCAGCCUUAUCUUAUCCAGCCCCAGGACCUCAGGGACCAUGUCAACGACAUGGGCUUUGAAGCUGUCAUCAAGAACAGAGUGGCGCCCGUAAGCCUGGGACCGAUUGAUAUUGGGCGGUUACAGAGGACCGACCCAAAGACACCUUCGGCUUCUGAUAACCAGAAUCUCAAUAACUCUGAGCCCUCGGGGCACCACGGGAGCCAUAUGGCCACCCUGCAACUGAGAGUAGAUGGAAUGCACUGUAAGUCUUGUGUCCUGAAUAUUGAAGAAAACAUAGGCCAACUCCCCGGGGUUCAAAAUAUUCAAGUGUCCUUGGAGAACAGAAUCGCCCAAGUACAGUACGACCCUUCUCGUCUCACUGCAGGCGCCCUGCAGAGGGCCAUUGAAGCUCUUCCACCUGGGAACUUUAAGGUCUCUCUUCCUGAUGGAGCAGCAGGGAGUGGGACGGGUAGCAGGUCUUCCAACCGUGUGGCCCCCGGCCCCGCCUCGAGAACCCAGGCGCCGGGCGUGUGCAAUACCGUGGUGCUUGUCAUUGCUGGCAUGACCUGCGCGUCCUGUGUCCAGUCCAUCGAAGGCCUGAUCUCCCAAAGGGAAGGGGUGCAGCAAAUAUCAGUCUCUCUGGCUGACGGGACCGGAGUGGUGCUCUAUGAUCCCUCUGUAAUUAACCCAGAAGAACUCCGAGCUGCUGUUGAAGAAAUGGGAUUUGAGACUUCAGUUCUUUUUGAAAACUGUUACAGCAACCAUGUUGGAAAUCAUAGUGCGGGGAAUUCCUCAGCGCACCCCACAGCUGGCGUACCUGUGUCUGCGCAGGAAGGGGCUCCCCAUGCUGGGGGGCUCCCUAAAAACCACAACCCUGGCUCCUCGUCACAGUCCCUGCAAGCCUCUACCACAGCGGCACCCCAGAAGUGCUUUUUACAGAUCAGGGGCAUGACCUGUGCAUCCUGUGUGUCCAACAUAGAGAGAAACCUGCAGAAAGAAGCAGGUAUUCUCUCGGUGCUGGUUGCCCUGAUGGCCGGAAAGGCAGAGGUUAAGUAUAACCCAGAAGUCAUCCAGCCACUGGAGAUAGCUCAGCUCAUCCGGGACUUGGGCUUUGAGGCAGCAGUAAUGGAAGACUACACAGACUCAGAUGGCGACCUCGAGCUGAUCAUCACGGGGAUGACCUGCGCGUCCUGUGUUCACAACAUAGAGUCCAAACUCACAAGGACAAACGGCAUCACCUAUGCCUCUGUGGCCCUUGCCACCAGCAAAGCCCACGUGAAGUUCGAUCCUGAAAUUAUCGGUGCACGGGAUAUUGUCCGAAUUAUUGAGGAAAUCGGCUUUCAUGCUUCCCCGGCCCAGAGAAACCCCAGCGCGCAUCACUUGGACCACAAGGUGGAAAUAAAGCAGUGGAAGAAGUCUUUCCUGUGCAGCCUGGUGUUCGGCAUCCCUGUCAUGGGUCUGAUGAUCUAUAUGUUGGUGCCCAGCAACGAGCCCCACGAGUCUAUGGUCCUGGACCACAACAUCAUUCCAGGACUGUCCAUUCUAAAUCUCAUCUUCUUUAUCUUGUGUACCUUUGUCCAGCUCCUUGGCGGGUGGUACUUCUACGUCCAGGCCUACAGAUCUCUGAGGCACAGGGCAGCCAACAUGGACGUGCUCAUCGUGCUGGCCACCAGCAUCGCCUACACCUACUCGCUCGUCAUCCUGGUGGUGGCCAUGGCUGAGAAGGCGGAGAGGAGCCCUGUGACCUUCUUCGACACCCCCCCCAUGCUCUUUGUGUUCAUUGCCCUGGGUCGGUGGCUGGAACACGUGGCAAAGAGCAAAACCUCAGAAGCCCUUGCCAAACUCUUGUCUCUCCAAGCCACAGAAGCCACUGUUGUGACCCUUGGCGAGGACAACUUGAUCAUCAGAGAGGAGCAGGUACCCAUGGAGCUGGUGCAGCGGGGCGAUAUCAUCAAAGUUGUCCCCGGGGGAAAGUUCCCAGUGGAUGGGAAAGUCCUGGAAGGCAACACCAUGGCCGAUGAGUCCCUCAUCACAGGAGAAGCCAUGCCGGUCAUGAAGAAACCCGGAAGCACAGUGAUUGCUGGGUCUAUAAAUGCACACGGCUCUGUGCUCAUUAAUGCCACCCAUGUGGGCAAUGACACCACGUUGGCUCAGAUUGUGAAAUUGGUGGAAGAGGCUCAGAUGUCAAAGGCACCCAUUCAGCAACUGGCUGACCGGUUUAGUGGAUAUUUUGUCCCAUUUAUCAUCAUCAUUUCAACAUUGACGUUGGUGGUAUGGAUUAUAAUCGGUUUUAUCGAUUUUGGCGUUGUUCAGAAAUACUUUCCUACCCCCAACAAGCAUAUCUCCCAGACAGAGGUGAUCAUCCGGUUUGCGUUCCAGACAUCCAUCACGGUGCUGUGCAUCGCCUGCCCCUGCUCCCUGGGCUUGGCCACGCCCACGGCGGUCAUGGUGGGCACCGGGGUGGCCGCCCAGAAUGGCAUCCUCAUCAAAGGAGGCAAGCCUCUGGAGAUGGCCCACAAGAUAAAGACCGUGAUGUUUGACAAAACUGGCACCAUUACCCACGGGGUCCCCAAAGUCAUGAGGGUCCUCCUGCUUGUGGAUGUGGCCAUGAUGCCCCUCAGGAAGGUUCUUGCUGUGGUGGGGACUGCGGAGGCCAGCAGCGAGCACCCUUUGGGCAUGGCAGUCACCAAGUACUGUAAAGAGGAAUUGGGAACCGAGACCUUGGGAUACUGCAUGGACUUCCAGGCAGUGCCGGGCUGUGGCAUCGGCUGCAAAGUCAGUAGCGUGGAGGGCAUCCUGGCCCACAGCGAGCACCAGCAGAGCAAACAGGCUGCCCCCCUGAGCAGGACUGGCGGCGUUCCCGAGGCAAUAGAUGCGACCCCCCAGACCUUCUCUGUGCUGAUUGGGAACCGCGAAUGGAUGAGGCGCAACGGCCUAACCAUUUCCAGCGACAUCAGUGACGCGAUGAAAGAUCAUGAGAUGAAAGGCCAGACGGCCAUCCUGGUGGCCAUUGACGGUGUGCUCUGUGCCAUGAUUGCCGUCGCGGACGCAGUCAAGCAGGAGGCAGCCCUGGCCGUGCACACGCUGAAGAGCAUGGGUGUGGACGUGGUUCUGAUCACAGGGGACAACCGGAAGACAGCCAGAGCCAUCGCCACCCAGGUUGGCAUCAACAAAGUCUUUGCGGAGGUGCUACCUUCUCACAAGGUGGCCAAGGUCCAGGAGCUCCAGAAUGAAGGGAAGAAAGUCGCCAUGGUGGGAGACGGGGUCAAUGACUCGCCGGCCUUGGCCCAGGCCGAUGUGGGCAUUGCCAUCGGGACAGGCACAGACGUCGCCAUUGAGGCUGCUGAUGUUGUCCUCAUCAGAAAUGAUUUGCUCGAUGUGGUGGCUAGCAUUCACCUCUCCAAGAGGACCGUCUGGAGAAUACGCCUCAAUCUGGUGCUGGCGUUGAUUUAUAACCUGAUCGGAAUACCCAUUGCUGCAGGGGUCUUCAUGCCCAUCGGCAUCGUGCUCCAGCCGUGGAUGGGCUCGGCGGCCAUGGCGGCCUCCUCCGUGUCUGUGGUUCUCUCAUCGCUGCACCUCAAGUGCUAUAGGAAGCCCGACCUGGACAGGUAUGAGGCGCAGGCCCAGGGCCGCAUGAAGCCCCUGACGGCAUCACAGGUGAGCGUGCACAUCGGCAUGGAUGACCGGCGACGGGACUCCCCGAGGGCCACGCCCUGGGACCAGGUCAGCUUCAUCAGUCAGGUGUCUCUGUCCUCCUUGAAGUCUGACAAGCUGUCUCGACACAGUGCUGCGGCUGAUGACGGUGGGGACAAGUGGUCUCUGCUCCUGAAUGACAGAGAUGAGGAGCAGUGCAUCUGAAAGCUCCAGGCGGGUGCAGAGCCAGGGGUCCAUCUCCUCAGUGAGUAGCCGGCCCAGCUUUCCCCGUGGCCGAGGCUGAGGCCAAACAAGUGCAGCACCAGCAGCAAGUUGGGCGAAGCUCCCCUC